AUGGCCAACAUGCUGGCCAACAAGUCGUCGAUGCGGGAUUCUGGAGUGCUCUACGUCUCGGGUGAGGAGACGGCGUUUCAAGUGCGGAUGCGAGCAGAACGUCUUGGACCGGUGAGCAAUAGUCUCUUCGUGGCGAGCGAAACGAAUCUCGACUCGGUGUUCCAGCUGCUGGAAACAGGCUGCGGACCCAACGUGGCUAGUGACGAGUACCGAGGCUUUGGUGCUGUAGUGGUGGACUCGAUUCAGACCGUGUACGUGCAAGACGUGCCUUCUCCAGCGGGUACCGUGAACCAAGUGAAAGAGUGCACGCUCCGAUUGCUUCGACUCGCCAAGUCACGAAACGUGCCCGUCAUCCUCAUCGGACACGUGACCAAAAGCGGCGAUAUCGCUGGCCCCAAAGUGCUCGAACACAUCGUCGACACUGUGGUGCAACUAGAAGGUGACCCACAAAGUACGCGGCGAUUCCUGCGGUGCCAAAAGAAUCGCUUCGGAAGCACCAACGAGGUUGGCGUCUUCAACAUGACUGACGAAGGCCUUCAGCAGCUACCAAAUCCUCUCCUGGCGUUCGUUUCGACACGCAACGAGGACAAUGACGACUCUUCUGACAACAAUGCAGACUUGGAGACAGAGCUCGACGGGUGUGCUCUCACUAUUGCUAUGGAAGGGAAGCGCCCCUUUCCUCUCGAGAUUCAAGCCCUGUCAAACCGGGCAUACAACGUCGACGCUGGCCGUGGAGGCGCGCAGUCCUUCUCACGGGUACGAGGGGUCGGCGUCGCGUACGACAAACUCCUCCUUUUAUUUGCCGUGCUGGAAAAGCGUGCAAAAGUCUCGUGCCUCAACCAGAGUGUGUUCGUGAACAUUGCAGAAGGAUACACGAUUCAGGAACCUGCAGCCGACUUGGCACUGGCUAUAGCAUUGGCCAGCGCCGUUCUUGGCCGUCCUGUGUUGGAGCGUGCGGCAUUUCUUGGCGAAGUGGCGCUGUCAGGCCACCUGCGUCCAGUCAAAAUGCUUGAGUCACGGCUCACUGCAGCACAGAAAAUUGGGCUCGAAGUCUGCGUGAUUCCAAGAGAGCCCGAUCAAGCCACGCGUCGUGCGUUACAACAGAAGUACGCCGACACGCUAACUGUUGUCGAAGUAUCGACGCUGCAACAAGCUCUCAAGAUUGCGUUUCGUACGCCAACUACAGCGUCAGGCUGA